UCUCUGGGCGCCUAGGCUGGGGCGGGCAGGAGGCGGCUUUGGGAUGUUUGUGGCCUCAAUAGGAGAAAACACGUGCUUGGAAUAGAGAUUUUGGAGCUGGCGACAGGCCCAGCGUGAGGCCCCAGGACUGAGUGGCUGAAAUAGAGUGAAGGAACGGGUGAGGAGGCCAAGGGUCCCAGCGCUGGAGUGUCGGAGGAUAACCCCUGUGGCUGCCAAAGCCACACCAGAAUAGAAUGUUCCUGCUGAGGCUCUGAGCACAGAAGUUUGCAGCAGAGGCCAGAUGACAAGGAGGGAGUAGCAGGGGGUACGACCAGAUGGCAUGUACGUGCCUAAGGAGCCAUGUUUUGCUAGAGGGAGGUGAAGUGAUGUGGGGUGUGAGAAGGGCAGAUGCCCGUCCCCAGGGGAGACUCCCCCCUUCCCCCCCCUUGCGGCACAUUAGGGAACGCUGGAGGCCAAGGGACAAAAACACGGGCAUUGGGCUCCUCUGUCCCAUUUCCUCGUCUCUGAAGUGGCGAUCAUGAUGGUUCCUGACUCAUAACGCGGGGCUGAGAGAAGCAGAAGCAAGACUGGCUCCUGAGCAGGGGCACUGCUCUGCCCUGUUCCCAUGACAGCACCACAUUUAACCCUAAAGGGGUCCAGAGGAGUGGCAAAUAGGGGUGCCCUCUUCCCCUCGUGCCCAGAGCUGGGGCUGAGGGCUGGCCGGCGUUUGGAAGAACCGGCCUGGCACAUGCACUACACUGCCCACUUCCCAAGUAGCCUCAGGGCUUUGAGUCAUCACCCCUUCCCCCACAAGGUGCUCCCACCGUGUAUUGCUUAGGGGUCUCAGGGGUGGGCUUACAGCCCAGAGAUGGUGGCUGCUCUGCCCCCAGGUUGCCCAGCUUGCAAGGGGGACUGGAGGUCAGGUGUGAAGCCCAAGACCUCUGCUCUGCCUGUGUACCUCCGGGAUGGGAAUGGGCUUCGUCCGGGGCCCCCCUGGGAUGCUAACCCGGUUCACCUGGAGCUCAGACCAAGGCUGGUGCUCUGUGUGCCGGCCCACUGGUCGACCUCACGGGGGGUGGCACUGGGAGGGGACGCCCCACAUCUGUAGAUGUUUCUUGAUUCACUGAGAAAUUUCAUGGCCAUUCCUGGCUUCCUCUUGUCACUUGUUCGCUGGUGGGCACCACAGGCCCAGCUGAGAGCCAUGCUAGAGGCCACCCAGCAACGGGCCGCCCAGGCUGAGAGCCAGCUAAAGGAACUGCAGGAGCAAAGCAGCCAGAUCCAGAGCUCGGCCUGCACCCUGGCCUCCGUGGUCUCCAGCAAGUUCAGCUGCCUGCUGCAGGCCCUGGAGACGCGGCGGACCUUGGCACUGACGGACAUCGAGGUGGCCAAGACACAGGCCCUAGCACAGGCCCAGGAUGGAGAACGGCGACUGCGGGGCCACCUGGAAGGCCUGGCUCACCAUGACCGCAGGAUCCGGGACCUCCUGGAGCAGCCGGAUGACCAGACCUUCCUCCAGGCUGAGCAGUCCAAAGUCCUGAGUGCUGUGGAGGACCGCAUGGACGAGCUGGGCGCCGGCAUUGCACAGUCCCGGCGCACGGUGGCCCUCAUCAAGAGCGCAGCCGCAGCAGAGCGGGAGAGGGUGAGCCGGCUGUUCGCCGAGGCUGCAGCCGUCCUGCAGGGCUUCCAGACAGAGGUGCUGGGCUUCAUCGAGGAGGGCGAGGCCACCAUGCUGGGUCGCUCCCAGGGUGACCUGCGGCGGCAGGAGGAGCAGCGCAGCAGGCUAAGCCAGGCCCGCCACAACCUCAGUCAGGUCCCCGAAGCCGACUCCGUCAGCUUCCUGCAGGAGCUCCUGGCACUCAGGCUGGCCCUGGAGGAGGGGUGCGGCCCUGGGCCCGGCCCCCCGAGGGAGCUCAGCUUCACCAAGUCAUCCCAAGCCGUGCAGUCCGUGAGAGAGCUGCUCACGGCCGCCUGUGCCAGCCAGUGGGAGCAGCUGCGGGGGCUGGGCAGCGAUGAGGACGAGCUGCAGAAGCUGGGCACAGAAGCUGAUGCUGAGUCCCAAGACCCCGAUAGCACCAACAGCUUUGAAAGCGAGGCUCCCAGGGAUUACUUCCUCAAGUUCGCCUACAUCGUGGACCUGGACAGCGACACGGCGGACAAGUACCUGCAGCUGUUUGGAACCAAAGGGGUAAAGCGGGUGCUGUGUCCCAUCAACUACCCCGAGUCACCCACCCGCUUCACCCACUGCGAGCAGGUGCUGGGCGAGGGGGCCCUGGAUCGGGGCACCUACUACUGGGAAGUCGAGAUCAUUGAAGGCUGGGUCAGCGUGGGGGUCAUGGCCGAAGACUUCUCCCCGCAAGAGCCCUAUGACCGGGGCCGACUCGGCCGCAACGCCCACUCCUGCUGCCUGCAGUGGAACGGACGCAGCUUCUCCAUCUGGUUCCGCGGGCUGGAGGCGCCCCUGUCCCACCCCUUCUCACCCACCGUUGGGAUCUGCCUAGAAUAUGCCGACCGAGCCCUGGCCUUCUACGCCGUGCGGGACGGCAAGAUGAGCCUUCUUCGGAGGCUGAAGGCCUCCCGGGCGCGCAGGAGCAGCUCCCUGUCCCCCGCCAUCGAGCCCUUCCAGAGCUGCCUGGACAGCCAUUUUGCAGGGCUCUUCACUAGCAGGCUGAAGCCUGCCUUCUUCCUGGAGAGUGUGGACGCCCAUCUGCAGAUCGGGCCCCUCAAGAAAUCCUGCAUAUCUGUGCUGAAGAGGAGGUGAUGCAGGGGGACACGGGGCCUCCUGGGAAGCUUGCUUCUCUGCACCCCCAUCUUGCCCCAGGGAAUGCACCUUGGGGUUCCCUCCAUCCCCAGGCUUCUCCUCCCUGGAGGCCUCACCUUCCAUACACUUGGCCUUCCCCGCAGACCCCUGGAAAUGCCCUCAGACCCUGUCCCCUGUGGGCCUUGUUUCUGGGAGAGAAAGCCAGAGCUGGGACAGAUCCAGGCCACCCCAAACCCCUCCUUUUCUGGGUUCCUGGGACAGUGCCUGGCACAUAAUAGGUGCUGAAUAAACAUCUGUUGAAUGAA